GGCUCCCACAGUCACAUGGGUGACUAACUUUAUUCAGUUGACAGCAAGUAGGAGGGCUUUAUGGAACGGGAAAAAAGACAACUCGAGAAAAAUUAGUAUUUUCCACCUUCAGAAAUUAAUGACCAUGAGUUCGUAUUUGAUGAACUCUAAAUAUGUGGAUCCCAAAUUUCCUCCUUGCGAGGAAUACUCGCAAAACAACUACAUACCUGACCACUCAGAGUAUUACAGCCAGUCGCAGGACUCUGAUUUUCAGCACCAAGGAAUCUAUCCACGGUCAAACUACAGCGGCCAGUCCUACAGCUGCAGCAACGCUCGGGGCUCUCCAGUGCAGCAAAGGGGUCAUGUGCAGGCACAGCCCGCUCAUCAGAUCCCCCUCCCGGGGCAACCAGAAGCCGGCGCACCGCUCCAGGUCUCCACAGCCCGGCCUUGCAACCAACAGCAACACAAUGCCAGGAACCAAAACGGCACAGCAACUAAACAACCAGCAGUGGUUUAUCCUUGGAUGAAGAAAAUCCACGUUAACAACGUGAAUCCUAAUUACACUGGAGGAGAACCCAAACGUUCACGAACUGCCUACACAAGGCAGCAGGUUUUAGAACUGGAAAAGGAAUUCCAUUUUAACAGGUAUCUGACAAGGAGACGUCGUAUUGAAAUAGCUCACACUUUAUGUCUUUCCGAGCGCCAGAUCAAAAUUUGGUUUCAGAACAGAAGGAUGAAGUGGAAAAAAGACCACAAACUGCCAAACACUAAGACCAGAUCGUCAAGUUCUUCUGCUUCCAACCAACAGUCACAAACUGUGUCCAAGGAUCAGCAAACAGAUCUCACAAGUUUAUAGAAGAACAUCAUAGAAUUGGCUCUCCCUGAGUGUACAUAUUAUAUGACAUUUCCAGGCAGAAAUUGCAUGUACCGAUAUCAUGGCUUGUAGUUGCUUUCCUGCUGAUUCUACGGAAUUGAAAGAACCUCAUUUUAUGCCGUUCACCAUGUUCUUUAAUGUAGAAAAUGAAGCAAAAUGGAUCAUCACCUUAGCUGCUGUUGAAAUAAUUGCGACUCUUGUCAUUGUGAAUUCUUACCAAACAGCACACCUUAGUAACCUUAUUAAGUGAUACAUACUAAGUGGUGAGGACACGGUGAGACGAAUACUCCAGGAAGGUACAUGUCUAGUCUGCUAGCAUGAAAAGGAAAGGCUGCGACGCUUGUUCAUGGUCUUUUUUUUAUUUUACAAUGAAGGCUCAGUGAUUUGUUGUGGCAAUUUCUGGUUCCCACAACUAUUUUUGCUUGUAAUUUGUAUUUUUGCGAUUCCAUCUCUUUAUGUAUAUUGUGUUGAUAUUCGAGAUUUAUAGUGAUCGAGAAUUAGACUGUGACUGUGGUUUCUUUAUUUAAGACGAGAAAAAAAUGAUAUUUGUAAUACUUAUUGUGCUGCUGGAUGGAUUAUUGUACAAGUAUACGAUGCAAUAUUGCAUACAUUUUUAUGUUCAAAGAAUGAUACCAAAAUUCGUACGCACUACUAAAGUUCAAAAAUAAAUUUAGU